CAUAUCAAUCAGCACACCUACCUCCCCGCUCCCCUCCGCUCCCCCUCCAAAUACCCCCUCCGUUACUUACCCUCUUGCGCCCACAACCACCCCAUCUCUCACAAUGUCCGACCACACAUACAAAUUCAACAUCUCCAUGAGCUGCGGCGGCUGCUCCGGCGCCGUGGAGCGAGUUCUCAAGAAGUUGGAAGGUGUCAAAUCCCUCGACGUCAAUCUAGAUUCCCAAACCGCCAACGUCGUGACCGAACCUUCCGUUUCCUACGACACCGUCCUGGCUACGAUCAAGAAGACCGGAAAGACUGUCAACAGCGGGGAGGCAGAUGGUGAAUCCAAGGAUGUAUAGGUAGAUGGAUGGAUAUGCAUGCGCCCAUAACAACAGUCUACGACCACUGCGCUCGCGAGUCGCUUUGAUUCUCUAGAGACGGUAGCGGGGAUACUACUACCGCAUGUUGUGGCCCGCGCGGGGAGUCGCAGCUUGAGAUUUUGGGCUGGGCGUACUAUAUACGGAGGGGUCUGGUUGGCAUGGACGGAUGGUGACCCAGGCGGAGGAGCUUGGUGAAGGAUCGGCUUGUUCUAGUUGGGAGAUGUGUAUGCUCCCUGGGACGACAUCUCUUGUUUAUAUGUUCUCUAUCUUUUUUUUGGUCUUAUGUUUGCAAACCCUAGCGGUUGAACCGACUUGUCUCACUGCAUAUAGUGCAUGCACCUGCCCAUAUGCCGGCUGGAACUGGAGGGUCUUGAUUAUACACCAUAGCUAGUUCAUAUUCUCUACGCCGAAUUGCAUUGUACUAGGGCGUUGUCGAAAGCGUUGGUGUGCGUUAUGAUCAAUAUAGGUUAACAAAUGACGUUGCAUAGACUAUUGUCAUCGAACUACGUAUUGACGAGCCUUGCAUGCAACACUAUAUAUGCAUAGAAUGUUGGGUCAUUAUAAUAUGUCAGCCAAACAAUGU